AUGGAGCAGGAUGAUCCGGCCGAAGCGCUGACGGAACUUCGAGAGCGGCGACUGGACGCACUGGAGCUCCUGCAGGUGGCGGCAGGCUCGGGCCUGGCUGCCUACGCCGUGUGGGCCCUGCUGCUACAGCCUGGCUUCCGCCGAGUACCGCUGCGGUUGCAGGUGCCUUAUGUGGGAGCCAGCGCUCGGCAGGUGGAGAAUGUGCUGUCGUUGCUACGAGGCCGUUCAGGAAAGACCGUGGAUCUGGGCUCCGGUGACGGGAGGAUUGUGUUGGCAGCUCACAGGUGUGGCCUUCGCCCGACCUUGGGCUAUGAGCUGAACCCGUGGCUGGUGGGGCUGGCGAGGCUGCACGCCUGGAGGGCGGGCUUUGCCAGCAAUGUGUGCUACCUGCGCCAGGACUUGUGGAAGGUGAACCUGAGGGACUGUUACAAUGUGUCUGUGUUCCUGGCUCCCAGCGUGCUCCCCAAGUUGGAGGCCAAGCUGCUGGCGGAGCUGCCCGAGGGGGCCCGUGUGGUGUCUGGGCGCUUCCCCCUCCCCACCUGGGAGCCUGUGGCUGUGGUGGGUGAGGGUGUGGAUCGAGUCUGGGCCUAUGAUGUCCACUGUGGUGGGCUGGCCAGUGAGGCGACCUCCUCUCGGCUCCCUGUAGCUGCUGGCCCAGGGCCGUCCUGCAGACAUGGGUUGAGGUCAGGUCCUUGGGAACAGCUGCAGUCACCCCCCCCGGCCCCCCGUGCCCAGUGA